AUGAAGUUUGCCUCGGUCCUUGUCCUCGGGGCAUUGGGCCUAACAGUUUCCGCUGUUCAGGUGAACCCCCUCCCCGCUCCCCGCGCCAUUUCGUGGGGUUCGUCCGGCCCAAUAGCCGUCAUCAAUCCUUCCCUCAAGUCCACCGACAGCCACAAACACCCUAUCAUUAGCGAUGCCUGGGAACGUACCUGGCACACUAUUGACACCCUCAAAUGGGUUCCCGCCGCCGUGGAGUCCCCAAUCCCUGUCUAUGAGCCCUUCCCGACUGGUAUAGGCAAGACAAAGCGUGUCGCGACCAAGGCGAUCCAGACAAUCCAGGUCUCAGUUGUCGACGCAAAUGCCGACCUUCAGCACAAGGUCAACGAGUCGUACACACUGGAGGUCACGGAUACUGCUGGCAGCGUGAAGAUCCACGCGCAGACCAUCUGGGGCGCGUUGCACGCGUUCACCACUCUGCAACAGAUCAUCAUCUCCGAUGGAAAAGGGGGCCUGAUAAUCGAGCAGCCUGUUAAGAUCACCGAUGCGCCUCUAUACCCGUACCGUGGCAUCAUGGUUGACACUGGCCGAAACUUCAUUACCGUGCCCAAGAUCCUGGAGCAGAUCGAUGGCAUGGCAUUGUCGAAGCUCAACGUUCUCCACUGGCAUUUGGACGAUGCGCAGUCGUGGCCCGUACAGAUGCACACCUACCCUGAGAUGACCAAAGAUGCCUAUUCACCCCGGGAGAUUUUCACAGAGUCAGACAUUCGUCGCGUGAUCGACUACGCGCGCGCUCGCGGUGUCCGUGUCAUUCCCGAGGUAGAUAUGCCUGGCCACUCGGCUUCCGGAUGGCAGCAAGUUGACCCAGAUAUUGUGGCCUGCACUAACUCGUGGUGGUCGAACGAUGUGUGGGAGUAUCAUACCGCCGUCGAGCCCAAUCCAGGCCAGCUGGAUAUCAUCUACAACAAGACCUACGAGGUCGUGGAGAAUGUGUACACUGAGCUCUCGGGCAUGUUCCAGGACCACUGGUUCCAUGUCGGCGCCGAUGAAAUUCAAGCUGGCUGCUACAACUUCAGCACCCAUGUCACUGCUUGGUUUGCCGAGGAUCCCUCGCGCACUUACAAUGAUCUCGCUCAGUACUGGGUCGACCACGCCGUGCCCAUCUUCCGUAGCGCUGGCCCGCACCGCCGCCUAAUGAUGUGGGAGGAUAUUUACCUGUCAGCCGAUUCUGCGCACACCGUCCCCAAGGAUAUUGUCCUGCAAACAUGGAACAAUGGUCUGACCAACAUCAAGAACCUCACAGCCAGCGGCUACGAUAUUGUCGUCUCGUCCUCCGACUUCCUAUACCUAGACUGCGGCCAUGGCGGCUUCGUCACAAACGACCCCCGCUACGACGUAAUGUCCAACCCAGACGGCAGCACCAACUUCAACUACGGCGGCAUCGGCGGUUCCUGGUGCGCCCCCUACAAGACCUGGCAGCGAAUCUACGAUUACGACUUCACCACAAACCUGACAGCCCAGGAGGCGAAGCACGUCCUAGGCGCAGAGGCUCCUCUCUGGUCUGAACAGGUCGAUGAUGUGACCGUGUCAAGUGAAUUUUGGCCUCGCGCUGCUGCCCUCGGUGAGCUUGUGUGGUCUGGUAACCGGGAUGCUUCGGGCCAAAAGCGGACCACCUCGCUCACUCAGCGUCUACUUAAUUUCCGUGAAUACCUUGUGGCUAACGGUGUUAUGGCUGGUGCUCUCGUACCCAAGUAUUGUCUGAAGAAUCCGCAUGCGUGCGAUCUUUACUACAACCAGACUGCUAUCUCGCCUUAA